AUGUCUAGUGAACAAAAUAUACUAUAUUUGGUUGGUGAUAAAGAUAUUGAUAAAAAUAUAGUUUUAAAGACUUUAGAUAUCAAUGAUAAUAUAUAUAAAAUAAGCACAAAAUAUUAUAAAACAAGUAUUACAAUUAAAAGUAUUGAUUUGGAUAAAGACAAUACAAAUAACAAACAUUUAGCAGAGGAUUCCCAUGGUUUUAUAUUAGCUUUUGAUUCUUCAAAAAGUGAAUCAUUCGAAUUUAUUAAACAAUAUAUAAAAAACAAUAAAAAACAGCCACAAGAAGACGAUGGCGACGAUGGUCACGAUGAUCAAGAAGAGUAUGAAGGUGACAUUGAUGAUACAUUAUAUUUACUUAUCGAUAUUAAUGAAAGUAGCUCAAGCGCAAUCGAGGAUAAAAUUGAAGAAUGGUGUAUAGAACACUUAAUUGAAUUUGUAAUUUUAGAUACUGCAUCCCAUAGAGACUAUGACAUUAGAAAAUCAGAAUUAACUGAAACUGAUCCAACCAUUAAAUAUGGUGUUGAAAGAGUUCAAGAAAUUUUAGAAUCAAAUAUGUGGCCAAAUAUGGACUUAUUAAAAAAUGAUGAAAAAAGAAAUAAAAACCAACAACAACAACAAGAUGAUGAUGAAUUUUCAUCCAUUAAAGACAAUAAAUACCUUCAAGAAUCUUUGAAAAAAGUUGAACUUCUAUUUAAGAAAUCAAAUAACGAUAAAAAAGAAACUUCAGAUAACAGCAAUAAAAAACAAGAAUCAAAAUCAAAAGUUAAUAACAAUUUAAUAGUCGAUGAGCCAGAUAAUGACGAAGAGGAUGAUGUUGAAAUAUUUGAAAAUACAUUCAAAGAGCUUCAGUCAUUAAGAGAACACAUGAAGAACUUACCAGAUGACCAAAGAAGAGACAUGGCCGCCAAAGUUGCCUUAAUGUUUGCUAAAAAUUUAUCAAUGGGAGAAGACGACGAGGAUGAUUUUUAA